GCAACAGUUUCUCUCAGCACCCAGGAUGCAGCGGACCAAGGAAGUAAUGAAGGUGUCAGACGGCAGCCUUCUGGGGGACUCGGGGCGCACACCACUCAACAAGAAGGAGGGUGUCAAAUGGCAGAGGCCACGGCUCACUCGCAAGGCUCUGAUGCGAUGCUGUCUAAUCAAGUGGAUCCUGUCCAGCGCUGCCCCGCAGGGCUCAGACAGCAGUGACAGUGACCUGGAGCUCUCCACGGUGCGCCACCAGCCAGAAGGGCUGGACCAGCUGCAGGCUCAGACCAAGUUUACCAAGAAGGAGCUUCAAUCCCUCUACAGGGGCUUCAAGAACGAGUGUCCCACAGGCCUGGUGGAUGAAGACACCUUCAAGCUCAUCUACUCACAGUUUUUUCCUCAGGGAGAUGCCACCGCCUAUGCACACUUCCUCUUCAAUGCUUUCGAUGCUGAUGGGAAUGGGGCCAUCCACUUUGAGGACUUUGUGGUGGGGCUCUCCAUCCUCCUACGAGGAACAGUGCAUGAGAAGCUCAAAUGGGCCUUUAAUCUCUACGACAUUAACAAAGAUGGAUACAUCACCAAAGAGGAGAUGCUGGCCAUCAUUAAGUCCAUCUAUGACAUGAUGGGCCGCCACACCUACCCCAUCCUGCGGGAGGAUGCCCCCCUGGAGCAUGUGGAGCGGUUCUUCCAGAAAAUGGACCGGAACCAGGACGGGGUGGUGACUAUUGAUGAGUUCCUGGAGACUUGUCAAAAGGACGAGAACAUCAUGAGCUCCAUGCAGCUGUUUGAAAAUGUCAUCUAG